UUUGUGGCAUAAAUUUUGCCACAGCGUGAAUUUCUGUAAUUUCUUGUUGUUUUUAUUAUUAUCUAGUGUUUAUUAUGUAUACACUCCAUAUUUUCACUUUCUUCAACCUUUCCUCAUCAGAAUUUAAUUGAUUCAAUUUGUCACUUCUCGGAGCAGUCAUUGUUCUACGAUUAGUGAAAAAUGUCACGCCAUCUUUAGUUUCUAAAUUCUCUAGUUGGUAAACGUCAACAAUUCUGAAAAGUAAAUAGUAUAAUUAUUAGUGUAAGUUGAAUCUUUUACUGCAAGACUAAUAUUUAAAAUGAAUCGAUCGGAUGGACUAGUACAGAGACGCAAUAUCAUACGUGAAAAUAACGAAAGUGUUUUGAAUGAUCCUACCAGUAGUGAAAAAAAAGAUCGUGAGGAGGAUGUUGAGGAUGGUGAUUCUAAAGAAACCAGGUUAACAUUGAUGGAAGAAGUCUUACUGCUUGGAUUAAAAGAUAAAGAAGGGUAUACAUCAUUUUGGAAUGAUUGUAUAUCAAGUGGUUUAAGGGGAUGUAUUUUAAUUGAGUUGGGUCUUCGAGGUAGGGUAGAAUUAGAACGAGCUGGCAUGAGGAGAAAAGGAUUGCUUUCUAGAAAAUUAAUUCUAAAGAAUGAUACACCCACUGGUGAUGUUCUUUUAGAUGAAGCUUUAAAACAUAUAAAAGAGACUGAACCCCCUGAAACCGUUCAAUGUUGGAUCGAAUACUUGAGUGGGGAAUCUUGGAACCCCUUGAAACUCAGAUACCAGCUAAAAAAUGUAAGAGAACGACUUGCCAAAAAUUUGGUAGAGAAGGGAGUUCUCACAACUGAAAAACAGAAUUUUCUCCUAUUCGAUAUGACUACCCAUCCUCUUACAGAUGAUAUAACAAAGAGUCGUCUCAUUAAAAAGAUCCAAGACGCUGUUCUGGCCAAGUGGGUAAAUGAUCCUCAGAGAAUGGAUAAAAGAAUGUUAGCUUUAAUAUUCCUUGCCAACGCUAGUGAUGUUCUAGAGAAUGCAACUGCUUCCCUUAACGAUGAUGAUUAUGAAUUAGCUAUGAAGAGAGUUCGUGAGUUGCUUGAUUUAGAUUUUGAACAAGAAUCUGUUAAACCUAACACAUCUGAAGUCCUUUGGGCAGUAUUUGCAGCCUUCACAAAAUAAAUUCAAUUUAAUUUUUUGAUGAAGCCAAGUUGAAUUCGGGGUUUCUUGUAUCAUACAAUAUUUCUAUUUCCUGGAUAGGCUGUUUAAUGUUAUGAAAAUAUUGUUUUUACUCACACUCAGUUCGAUAAAUAAUAUUGAUUAGGUUUAAAAGCAAUACCAGUGUUAUCAGUGUUCCAUUUAUAUUCAUUGAAUAAAUAAAAUCCCAUUAAUGACUUUGAUUUGAAAUUCAGGGAUUUUGGCGAUUGAACGUAAGCAUCUUCACUGAUUUCAUUUUUUUGUAUAAUCUCUGUACAUAUGAUGAAUUACAACAUGCAUGUAAAUAAAAUAUCGAUUUUUAUUUGUCAAAAUAUUAGCUGAUUCAAAUGUUUCACACUAAAAAUGGUACAAUGGGGAAAAAAAUUAAUUUCAUCAAUUCAGAUCAAUACUAAGGCCAACUUACGACAUAAAAUACAAUCAUACAUUUUGUAAGCAAAAGUAUUAGGAUAGGUGAGAACUGUUUGGAAACUUGGAUAUAUUGGUUUUGUGCUGUGUUGGAUCUCCAAGUGGUUCACUGCAGUUUCUCUUGUCUUAUUUGUCAGUUUCACAUGGACCUAGCAUAUGAGGUAGAACUGAUUACGUAAAAAAUAUGCAGGGAUUCGAGUCUUUUGAGAGUUCUUAAUUCUAUAAUAAUCCUUCUAGUUGAUGUCUUAUGUGACUAUGAGGUGAAAUAAUGCAUUGAACAAUUGGAUCAGUUUCUCCCAUAUUAGCACUAUUUUCGUUCGCACUUUUCUUCCCUAAUUGUACGCUAUAGAGUUGAAUUUAUAGUUAAUAUUAUCAUAUAGUGAAAUAAAUUAGGAUUUUGAUAUCUUGUCAUUCAUACCUAACCAGUUACAUGACAAACAUUCAUUGGAUUCGAUUCUGAAUCGAAGUGAUAUGCAGAAUGUACUUGUAACUACUUUCAUUUAUUUUUUCUUAUUGAUAUCAGUGGACAAAAAUUGAUAGUGGGCUUAUACAGAAUUCCUAAGGAAAGAACUUAUAUUAUUGGCUGUCAUCGCCAUUUGCCAAUUAGAUUGUUUCCUGUUUUAGUUCUUAGGAACACUGCAUAAACCCACCAUAAUAUAUGCCUCACUCCAGAGCCGUAAAGAACCCAUCUGGAUGUUUGACAUUGAUGCACCUAGGUAGUCCAGACAGCUACCCAGACUAUCAAGUGGAAAUAAUCAUAGGAUGUGUUCUUUCAAGUAUUUUGAUUGAAUUCUUUAGAUAUCUCCUAAAUUACUGUACUUCUUACACUUUCAUUACAGCCUAAAAUAUUGAAGGAAUAGGCUGAAAUAUUCCAGGGCCAACUGUAGCCGUAAAAAAACCUGAAAAUGACUUAUCUGAAGUUGUUGUGGUUACUUGGGGGCUGUUGACUUUCGAAAGAGAUUUUGAUCUUUGUUAUCAACUCCCAACAGUAGAAGAGAUAACUUUCUGUUGCGAACUUCUCCUUCUGAGAGGUUACCCUUCAACAAUAAUGAAAGCCCUGAGCCUAUGACAACAUGGUUAAUAACUUUUUUCUUCCAGUUAUUAGAACUACGAGAUCUAAUUCCCGAUUUACAGAUUGAAAUCGAUUAUUUUUAUGUUCUAUUAACAAAAUUUAAUUUUGGGAAUUGCCAUCUACCUUGUGUAAAAGAAACAGAUUUGUUGUGAAUGUUUGAAGGAAAAAUGUUAAAGAUGGUAUUUUUGAAAUUUUACGGCGAUUUUCAAUUUUUUAUUCUAGUAGUGACUAUAAUUAGCAAAAUGAGAACAUUUCUUUUUUAAUCACACGAGUCGACUUUUCAUGUACCAUGUCAUCACUAGAGAUAUAGAGGUGUCUAUUGAUAUUCUUAAAUUCAAGGUUUUAGGAAUAUUAUAUUUUUGUUUAUUAUAUUAUAACUGUUAUAAGAUGUACAUAUAUAUUGACUAUUAUUUUUAUCCAAAUAAAGUUUUCUAAUCAUUUA